AUGCAAUUCGACGAUGAAAUUGUAGAUCUCGCCGUGCCGGUCGAUGUUGAGGCGCUCGAAGAUGCUGUGAAAACGUGCAUGGAGACGAGGAGGAUAAUCGACCUUUUCGAGCGGCACAAAGUGCAGAAUAGAUCGCGGAAAUUGAAUAAAACGGACAUCGACGCAAUUCACAACGGGAAAACAUAUGCCGACUUCAUGCUCGAAGUGGCGACCUUUGAAGGGACAAACGACAUGACACAAAUGAGGCCGAUUGCGAAAGGGAAUUUGUCAAGAUUGCUGAAGGGCCGAGACAGCCGAUCAGUGACCCCGAAGCAAACGUCAACGCGACCCUGUGUCAUGCCGAGCAAUACGGAGAAGCUGGCUCCCGACAAUAAACAGCAACAGUGUCCAUUCUGCAAGAGCACGCGUUUCCGUGUCAUCGAUCCGGGUCGUUCCGAUGGGAGAAGGAUUCUCGAAUGUGCUCGUCUCAGCUGCUUGGCGUCGCUCGAUUUCACGGAUUUGCCAGAGGGGACGAUGAUCGGGGAGACAUUGCAAAAGGGCGGUAAUGGUUGGUAUCUACGCGAUCCCCGGUGCAGCUUCUAUCCAAACGAGUCCUCCCAAGCGGAUUACCCUUUUGGGCUCGAUGAAUCGAAGUGUAUCGGGACCGCUAUUGUUUAUCAAUGCAAAUCUCGAUGCUCAAAGGGUUUGCAGUCGAAAAAAGAACGUGAUUCUGCGAAUGUUGCUGCCGCCGAUCGUCUCGAGUUUCAGCUAGCUGGCCUUUACACGAUACACUCUGGUCAGAAUUGUGCCCAUUUGCAAGCGGAUCAUGUGAUUUUGUCUGAAGCCGCUCAGUAUGCGGUCGACUACGCCAACAGCUAUAUUCUGAACGAUUUGAAUCUUCACAUCAAUCAUCUAAUGGCGGAUACGUGUGAUGAUCGCUCAACAACUCUACAAGAGACCGUUUACAUGACAAGGAAUGGAUUGGGCUUCUGCAAGGGGAAUCUCACACGCGAUGAGCUCUCGAAUACCCUUUUGGCGGCUGUCGGCUCGUUCAACUGUGACCUGGCCGAGAAUAUUAAUUAUCUGUUACAGGCUUUCUGCAUCCCGGUGAUUUCCUCGUUGUGCACCGCGAGUCAGCUCGACAACAAGGAGAGUUUUCCGUUUUUCGCGAGAACGGCUUCUGAUGAUAUGUACAGAGCCCAAGUGAUGUACGAUGUGCUGAUGUCACAAGAAUGGUACCACAUCGCGGUGAUCACCGACGUGAGCACAACUGGGCAAUCGCUUUGGUCGCAAUUCUAUAAUAUGCUCUACUAUUGCACGAUGCCGGUUGUCACGAAUUUGCUCUUUCGCUCGCCUUGCAUCGAGCGAACGUUCGAGAUCGAUUGCAACAAUUCGCAGAAGUUUCUCUUUCACACAAACGAGCUGAAGAGCUUUUUGGCGAAGAGACAAGUCUCUGUUUACAUGCUUUUCGCCGAAGAUUCUUGCAUAAACAAGAUUCUCCUCUACAUACAAGGAGCCGGAUAUAUUCGGGGUGACCUGCAAUUCGUCCUUCCCUCAAUGGCACUCAACAAUUCGUUGGACAUCCUCGAGUACGCGUACGCGGUGGACACCUAUGGAGAACCGGUCGACUCUUUCAUCGAACAACUCAAAGCCACCACAAUUCAGGAGACAGAAAAUCAAUUCCUCAUUGAACUGAUUAUGAUCGACAAUGUUUGCUGUUGGUCAUCCGAUUUUUACGAGCAAACAGAUUGCCCGUUUAGUGUCGCUUGCACAGGGAAUGAGACAAUCAGAAAUUUACCGACAUUUGGCAUGUCACAGGCUCGCAAAGUGAUGGAUUCGGUGAUGUGGUUGGCGCGCGCCGUUCACGGACUUUAUUCAGAGUUUUGUAUCGGUUCGAUCGGCUAUUGCAAGACGUUUGUUGGCAAUUUCACUGGAGAGGCGUUUUUUGCGAAAAUGCUCAACACGAAUUUCACCUCAUUCAAUAGCUCCGAGAUUUUUCAGGUUCUGAAUGGCAGCGGUUUACCGGUGUACAACGUUUGGCAGCGACAAGACGCUACUUGGGUGACGGUGUUGAAGCGUUAUAAUCCUUUAUUUGGUCCGGAUCCAUCGGAUGAGAACAUGGAGCCGAUCGACAUUCCGAUUUUUGACAGAAUCCACACCGAAGCCGCGGAUUGUCAGCGAACUUGCGACAAACAAGUUCUGAAUUUCCAAGGACAAUCGUGUUGUUGGACGUGUCAAUCGUGUGCCGAGUAUUUCUAUAUAAAUCAGACGUUAAUGGAAUGCAUCCCAUGCCCGGAGAAUCAAAUCCCAGACGAGAAUUUGGCGAAAUGCGUGAGCGUGGAGAAGAGCGAGCUCUUUCUCGAGCCGACCAGCGAGAUGAAUGUGAUCAUCGUGCUGAACGCGAUCGGAAUCCUUUUAACUCUUCCGGCAAUCGUUUUACUGUUCUAUCGUCGAAAAACGCCGAUGGUCCGCGCCGCGACUCCGGAUUUAGCCUAUCAACAGAUUGGAUUUAUCAGUCUACUUUUCAUCACAUCAGCUCUCAUGAUACCCAGCACCUCGGGAAUCGUUUGCGGCUGUGUUUGGGGCUUCUCGGCGUUGCUUCUCACCGCCACUCACUCGGUCUCGUUGUCGAAGGCGUUGCGCAUCAGCCGGGCUGAAUUUUUUGUCCGUUUUAUUUCUCGUGGUGCGAAGAGUCCGCAAAAAGCGUCGAUUUUUUUGCAUCUUAUUAUGAUUUUUAUUCAAUUGUUUAUUGUCAUUUUGUGGAUUCUCCUCCGACCACCGCGAAUUGUUUGGGAAAGGCGGACGCAGUUCCCGAAAUGCACGAGUAACAAUGAGAGCCAAACAAUCGUGCUAUUGUUGAAUCCAGCCGUUUUAUUGCUCAUCACUUUGUAUUUUCAAAAGCAAGCGAUGGGAAAUCAGUACAUGUAUCAAGUGAAACAAGCACGAAUCGGUCUAGCAGGCACGCUGUGCUUUUUGGUGAACUACCUGGUAUUGAUGGCGUUGAUUUUGAUUGAUCAAUCGACCGAGCAAGUGCGCACGAUUGUUUUAAUGUGUAUUCCGAUGAUUACCGGCUAUAUCGCCUGGGUGACGAAUCUGUUGCCCACCACUUGGGAGGUUUUGACAAAAUCGAAAAAAAAUCAUCAGGAAUAUGUGACUCGACAACGGAGUCGACAAUUUCAACAAGGAAACAUCAUGUAUUAUGUGGAAUCGGUGAUAUUCAAUCGACCAAAAGGCCACACAAUAGCCACGAUCGACUCGGCGGUGAAUUCAGUGAUUGAGAAA